GCUAGAGUUUGACAACAAAUCAGUUGCAGUCUGCUUAGAGGCCGUUCAAUCCUCGCAGGCUAUGCAACUGUUGUCAUGGCUACGUUGAAUCGUGUAUGCUUGGAUUUGCUUUGGGUUUAUGUAAAACCCUAAGCCCCUGCUCAAAGGUGCCAGUUUCUGAAGUACGUUGCCAUUGGAACGAGGCAGGGCUUUGAUUUUUCUUUUACAAACCCGCGAAUUUUGCUGGCUUUGAGAUGCCGAUUCUUCGGUUUGUUGUCGUCUACGGUGCCGCAAGUCGAACGUCACGGGGCAAUGCCAGUUUCUGAAUUUGUAGGGAGCUCCAUUGUCAGACGAGGAGGAGCUCGUUGCUUUUGGUGGAGUCAGUGUUUCGGCGAAGGGAUUUGAGAGCUGAACUGCCUGCUGACUGACCAUCUCUGCUCAACAGAAGACAAUCGCUCAUGGUGGAAAUUUCGGCUUAUUGCGUGCUGAUACAACUGCCCCUGCUCUAGGCACUAUCGAGAAUUCGUAUUUUUUCAAUUCGUUAUCCCCUAUUAGCAUUUAGUGAGCAGAGAUGGCGGCAGCAGCACCUUCAGCUGCAGCUGUAGGCGCAGCUAUCAAUCGCCUCUUGGAUCUGUGUCGUGCCAAUCCUAAUGGAUUGCAGCAGAGUGUUCUGGACCAGCAAAUGAAGGACGUGGGUCUUGAAGUUGUCACCGCGGCAAUCAAUGCAUUGCUGGGAAAGGGGCACAUACAGCUGUUUCAGCAAGGAGGGAGUCUAAUCUACAAAGAAGCUAACAAAGAAGAAUCUGUGAAGUUUAAAGGUCUAAGCUCAGAAGACAUGUUGGUGUAUCAAGCCAUUCAGCAGUCUGCCAAUCAAGGUAUCUGGACUAUGGAUCUGAAAAGGAGGACAAAUUUGCAACAGCCUCAGGUCACGAAGGCCAUAAAAAAUCUAGAGACACGCAAUCUUAUUAAGGCUGUGAAAUCAGUUGAGCACAAGAGCCGCAAAGUGUAUAUGCUCUUCGAAUUGGAACCUUCUCGGGAUGUCACCGGUGGUGCGUUUUAUACGGAGCAAGAGUUUGAUGUGGAGUUUAUAAGCGUUCUGAAACAUCAAUCUUUGCAUUUCAUUUUGAAACAGGGUUUUGCUACUUUAGAGAAUGUAGCGGAUGCCGUUCGAAAAUCGGGAAUCACUAAAGAGGAACUUCGGCUACAGGACUUCAAGCAGAUUCUUGACAUGCUUGUGCUGGAUGGGGAGAUCGAAGAAGAGAUUAGUAGUGGGGUAGGAACCCAUGCGGCAUUACCACCGGAUACCUUGUGCUAUAGAGGCUCAAAAACGCGUAUACCAGAUUCUUCCGCCUUCACGAGCAUUCCGUGCGGUGUUUGUCCGGUGCUUCAUGAAUGCACUGACGAUGGUAUCAUUUCACCGAAGACAUGUGUCUAUUUUCAAACGUGGUUAACUUUUUAAUAGUCUACACCGAUUUAUGGAAUUCCAAUGGCUACCAGAUUUGACACUGAUCUUAAGAACAACUCCAAUCAAGGUCAAAUGAAAGUGUUCAGGAUCUCCAGCAAUUUCUGAAAAGCUGGUCCCACAAUGCUUCUGGACAGAGGUUGCAGUUACUUUUAUUCUGCCUCUCGUUGCAACAUGAAGUAACUGGUCAGUGUCACUCAACACCGGUGGACAGAACUCCUGGUAACAAUUGGAAGGCACAAUUGGAUGCUUUGCGUUACCAACAGCACAAGGGGUUUCCUACCGUUAUCGAGAUGCAGAUGCGUGUCUGGGAUCGAUCCAAAUCUAUAUGCUUUCACGACAUCCUUAAGCUGCAGAUUCUUGGCGCCGGAUUCUAGGUAUCUAAAGUUUAAACUCUGCUCCACACUAAAAGUAGUAACACCCAAUGGGUGGUAAGUGGAUGAUUAAGCAGGUCACUGCAGUCCCUGGAAAGUUAUAUGACAGCUCCAAAGCAAUAAAUGUAAUAAAUCUUUGUGG